AUGGCUGCAUCGAUAUAUGCAACCCCACCACCCGAUUUGAGUAGCGAGGACACAGCACUUAGUGAUGCAUCAAAUUCUUCCCACUUGAGUAACACAAGUUCUCAACAUAGUAGUUCGAAAAAUUCGACAUCACGUGAAGGAGCAUUAGGAGCGAAUGGAGAACGACGAGCAUCAUCAGGUGGCGGUGCUGGAGUAGGAGGAAGUAGUAAUAAAAAACAUCAUCAUCAUCAUCAUCAUAAGCGAAGUAUUGCUGAUGUUUUAAUGGGUCAUAAUCAAGCAUUGAUGGCACAAGCUCUCACAUCAUCGAGUUCAGCAUUAUUAGAUGCCCUACAAUUUGAUCAAUCGAAAAAGAGACGAAAACAAACAACACCUAUACGAUUGGCGGCGUUAAAUUUGAGUGCCAAAAUAGGAGCUGACCAACAGAAUAUGGAUAUUUCGGAACAGCAACAGCCAUUGGAUGGCGCCCAACACGAGCACAACAAUGGAAAUAUCAAAGAGGAAUUAAAUCAAGAAGAUGAAAUGAUACAAAAUGAAGAUUACGAAGAUAAGUUGACGAAAAUAUUUCUUCCAAAAUUGGUUGGACAAUUGAAUCCCUUCGAGCUAUUACAAAGAAACAUAUCACCACUGGAAAAUUUCCAGGAAACUACAAAACAAAAAUCUCCCGAAAGGGAAGAGAAAAAUCAGGAACAACAACAGCAGCAGCAACAACAACAAAUACAACAAGAACUAGAAAAACAGCAAAAACAACAGCAACAACAACAAGAACAAGAACAUCAAGACGCAAUGGCAAACUACUCUCAGAUAUUCUGCAAGGAAUGUGGUGAAAAUUUCGACUCUGAUUUGAGGUUAAGAUUUCACAUCAUGCAAGAACAUUCACCCAACCAACAACAAGACCAAAACAAGAGGAAUUUAUCAGACGAGCAACAAGCUUAUGAAAUGUUGUCAUCAGUUAAGGUGAAGCUUGAGAGAAAUGACGAAGACGAGAUGACAUCACCCAACAUGCAAGACAGUCGAAAUGCACAGAAGCCCGAUCAAUGGAUGUCAGCAAUGCCUGCUUUGGGAUUUCCGUUUCCUCCAGAAGCAGCAGCUGCUGCUUUUUCCAGUGGAUAUCUUUCACAACUUCCACUGCUGGGGGUUCCGUCGGGCUUUCCGUCCGUGGAUGGUCUGACUCGGCCGCCAUUGAGAAUAUUCAAUCCCGAGGCUUAUUGCGAUCUAUGCAACAAGGAGUUCUGCAAUAAGUACUUCCUGAAGACACACAAGGCCAAUAAACAUGGAAUAUAUGACCCCACUUGCACUUCCACAGAUUCUGGGAUGACAAAUGCUCCAUCCAUGGGAGCCAUGAGUCAAGUGUUCCAUCUUCAAUUGCAACAACAGCAGCAACAGCAAAUGGAACAAGCGGCACAGUUUCAAGCUGCGCAACAGCAGCAACAGCAACAACAACAGCAACAACAACAACAACAGCAACAACAACAACAGCAACAACAAUUGCAACCACAACAGUUGCAGCCACAACAGAUAGUUCCACCAGCUCCCAUGAUUCCGUGCGAUGUUUGCUCGAAAAAAUUCACCAACAUUUUUGCCAUGAAGCGACAUCGCACCAAAGCUCAUGAAGUUCCACCACCAACUUCGGUUAAUCCCUCAAAUAUAACCACCACCACAACCGUCUCCACUGCCAGUUCAAGUCCACAAGAAAUGAAAUACGAUAUCGAGACUACUCCCACGGCACAAGGGAAUUCCAAUGAAAAGAUAAACAUACCGGAGAAGGAGACUUCAGCGACCACCCCCUUAUCGGGUAAUCUCCAUUUGCCAGAGGGCUUUAGAGAGGACUUUUCAGUUGAACAAGAAGAUGUUUCCUUUACUCCACAGCCUCGUAAGCUUUCACCCUCAUCACAGCAGCAAGCACGGGAGUCGAAUUUCUCCUACGACAAGCUUAAGCGAUUAGGAGUACUAAAUCCGGAGGCAUUUUGCGAUCUCUGCUGCAAGGAGUAUUGCAAUAAGUAUUUCCUAAGGACACACAAAUGGAAGCGGCAUGGCAUCUUCGUGCCACCAGACGAUUCCAAGGAUGAUAUAAAAAUGCAGUGGCCGUUCUUUGCCAUGCAAACAACGCCACUGAACCUGAUGAUGGCCAAUGAAAAGUUCAUGGAGCGAAAGGUUCUCUCUUCCUUGGAGGGUGAGAAGGAUUCAGCAAAACGGCAGAAGUUCGACACUGAUAUGAAGCCGCAGAAUGGGGAAACCGAGAACGAAAAUGGUCAAUCGCCACCAAACGAACCAACGGAACAAGCGACACAACAGCAAACUGACUCAGAAGCUGUGGGCCUGAACCUGCAGAAGCUGCAAUCCAUGAUUAUGCAGCUGAACGACCUAAACUGCAAGCGACCAGUUCCGUGCAAUUUCUGUGGGAAGGAAAUGGAGAACCAAUACGUUCUGCAUGCCCACAUAGCAACAGAACACUCUAUGAUGGACAACAACAAUGGCAGCAACCCUCCUCCAUUUAUGGGAAUAAAGCUAUCGCCUUCCUCGUCUCCAUCAUCAGCUAUGGCUGGAAUGUCUAGCGAAGUCUGCAAGCAGUGUGAUAAGGAAUUCUCAAAUCUUUUCGAAUUAAAACAACAUAUCGCCGAGGCUCACCAUUUUACCGGGAGUCUCAGCAAUAACAGCCCGCUGCGGGAUGGCUUUGUCACCCCCGAGCGACCGAUAAACGCGAGCUCCAGUGGUCCAACGACUCCGGUAGUUGGCGCUGGCCAAAUCGAUAGAACCCGAGCCCCAUACACCAUCACACCAACUAGCAGUUAUUGUGAGAUCUGCAACAAGGAACUCUGUAACAAGUACUUCAUGAAGACGCACAUGCAACGCAUGCACGGUAUUGAGAUUGAAAAUGGCGCCCAAAUUGGGGGAGUAGUUUGCAACAUUUGCAACAAAGAACUCUGCAGCAAGUACUUUUUGCGAGUCCACAAGCACAACACACAUGGCAUCGUCGACGAAGGCUCUCCUCUACCCCAGUCACGGCAAAGCAAUGGCAUGGAGCUCCCGCAAGAACAACCUGACAUGGUCAACAAUUCCUUCCUCGGUGAAUCCAAGGCCGAUCUGGCAGGAGUGGACUUCAACACCAGGUAUUUCACCCACUACACCGAGGUGUGUCCACUUUGCAGUCGUCGUUUCCGCAGUGCAAAAUGGCUCCGUGCUCAUUUGAUGAGUGAUCAUGGGCCGUCUGGAGUGGAGAAACUUCGUGAAAUGGAAUUGCAGCUUGGAGCUGCAUUCAGUAAACCCACAAGUCCAACUCUGAAAAUUCCAAACGGCAACAGUCUCCCCCAGCAAAACCCCCUCAACAAUAUCAAUCCAAAUCUCCUUGUGAAGAAUCCCUUCCCAGCACUCUUUGGUGCAGAGAAUCCGCUGCAAUCGCCCCGAUUCAAGGAAUAUCAAUGUUCGCUUUGCUCAUUUUCCACGCCAUACUAUGCGUUCUUAUUCAUUCACGAGCGAUCACACUCCAUUUUAAGUGGAACAUCGUCGGCUCCAUCCGUACCACCCUCAUCGCCACCCAAUGCUCCCAUCAAGUCCGAAACAGCGGUCUCAAUAGCCAAGGAGAAUUCCAUCGCCGCUGAUGCAGAUGCGAAUAACCAAACGACAAGUCCAACCACAAAACCUGCUGUGUCCUCGUCGUCCUCAUCGUCAUCAUCGACGUCUUCGGGGGGAACUCCGACAACAACGCCAGCCUCAACACCGGUACCGCAAACACCCCAAGAAACAGCCAAACGAGACUCAACGGUGAUGGCUGUAACUGUGGCGGUAAGCCCGAAAACCAAUCAGGCUACUUCUCUGCCCGCAAUAGUAACAUCAUUGGCAACAUCGACUACAGCAACAACAACAGCAACUUCAUCAUCCACAUCAUCACACUCCCCAACACCAGCUUCAUAUAAUUUCGAUGUUAAUGUCCUUCAAGAAGUUGCAAAUAGAUCCAGCAGACCGGUAGCUUACGCCAUACCACAGGAUCCAAACGGAUCCUUUGUUGCAGGCAGCGAAUUGAUGCAGUCUUUUUAUGUUCAAGAGAACCCAACACCAGAGGGUAACAACGAUGGAUCGAACAGGUUUGUCCCAGCUCUUAUUUAUUUACCAGUUAGGGAACGUAUUUCAGGUCCAAUAACUGUGUCAUUUACUUUGACACCAGCAUAAAUUUCUAUAGUUUUUAUUUUUAUGUUCAAC